AUGUAUUUUUUUGGUUCGAUUGAUCUUCGGCCCGCUGUUUCCUUUGCUCGCUCGGCUUGUCUGUUCGUUUGUCUGUCUACCUUUUUUUUUUCGUUCGUUUUUGUCUUCUCUCUUUUCGACAAUCCAACAACGUUUCCUAUCUCAAUCCAACAAUAUUAUACAAGAGAAAAAAAUAAGAAUAAAAAAAACCAAACAACAAAAAGAUUGGAUUCAGAUUGUAGUGGCAGUAAUACUAACAUCAAGACGAUUUCUAGCCUCUUUAGACAAAUACGAUUCAAUUUUGUGAGCAGUUUACCACGCCUGCGUUUAACCCGUUGUUUUCAUUUUAAUAGAACUCAAUUGAAGAUGAGUGAGGAGAGCCUUUUUGAAGUUAGUUCAAAAGUGGGAGUUGAAGAAAUAGCGGAUUAUGCAAAAGAACAUGCAAAAUUACCAGCAAGUUUUAUAGGUUACAGGACCGUAGAUAAAGCGGAAGAGAGUCCACUUAAAGAUUUCGUUAGAAACCAUGGUGGUCAUACCGUCAUUUCAAAGAUUCUAAUUGCAAACAAUGGUAUUGCAGCUGUUAAAGAAAUCAGAUCUGUAAGGAAAUGGGCUUACGAAACAUUUGGUGACGAUAGAGCUGUUCAAUUUGUUGCAAUGGCAACCCCAGAAGAUUUAGAGGCCAAUGCAGAGUAUAUUCGUAUGGCUGAGCAAUACGUAGAAGUUCCAGGUGGUACAAACAACAACAACUAUGCCAAUGUGGAUCUUAUCGUUGAAAUUGCAGAAAGAGCUGACGUUGACGCAGUAUGGGCUGGUUGGGGUCAUGCAAGUGAAAAUCCAGAUUUACCUGAGACGCUUGCAAAUUCUAAACGUAAAAUUCUUUUCAUCGGUCCACCAGGUAACGCCAUGAGAUCUUUAGGUGACAAAAUUUCAUCAACCAUUGUCGCCCAGCACGCAAAGGUUCCAUGUAUUCCUUGGUCAGGUACAGGUGUUGAUAAAGUUCGUAUUGAUUAUGAAUCAGGUUUAGUGUGCGUUGAUGAUGAAAUUUAUAAGCAAGGUUGUUCUACAUCCGCGGAAGAUGGGUUAGAACGUGCUAAGAAGAUUGGAUUCCCAGUCAUGGUAAAGGCCUCAGAAGGUGGUGGUGGUAAAGGUAUUAGACAAGUACAUCGUGCAGAAGAUUUCAUACCGUUAUACAACCAAGCAGCCAAUGAAAUUCCAGGUUCCCCCAUCUUUAUUAUGAAAUUAGCAGGUAGAGCCCGCCAUUUGGAAGUUCAAUUAUUAGCCGAUCAAUACGGUGCAAAUGUUUCAUUAUUUGGUCGUGAUUGUUCCGUACAAAGACGUCAUCAAAAGAUUAUUGAAGAGGCACCAGUUACCAUUGCCAAACCUGAUACCUUUAAGGAGAUGGAGAAAGCUGCUGUCAGAUUGGGUAAAUUAGUCGGUUACGUUUCUGCAGGUACAGUGGAGUAUCUUUAUUCUCAUGAUGAUGAUCAAUUCUAUUUCUUAGAAUUAAAUCCUCGCUUACAAGUGGAACAUCCAACUACAGAAAUGGUUAGUGGUGUCAACUUACCGGCAGCUCAAUUACAAAUUGCAAUGGGUAUCCCCAUGCAUAGAAUAAGAGACAUUAGAAUGCUCUACGGUAUGCACCCUCAACAAUCGACAAAGAUCGAUUUUGAAUUUGCAAACGAAGAAUCUUCCACCACACAGAGAAAGCCAACGCCAAAGGGUCAUUGUACUGCAUGUCGUAUUACAUCUGAAGAUCCAAACGAAGGUUUUAAACCAUCCGGUGGGUCACUUCACGAACUAAAUUUUAGAUCAUCUUCUAACGUUUGGGGGUAUUUCUCCGUGGGUAACAAUGGUGGUAUUCAUUCCUUUUCAGAUUCCCAAUUUGGUCACAUCUUUGCCUUUGGUGAAAAUAGACAAGCAUCUAGAAAGCAUAUGGUUGUAGCAUUGAAGGAAUUAUCCAUUAGAGGUGAUUUCAGAACGACAGUGGAAUAUUUAAUUAAACUUUUAGAAACCGAAGAUUUUGAGAAAAAUACAAUUACUACAGGUUGGUUAGACGAUUUGAUCUCUCAAAAGAUGACCGCCGAAAAGCCGGACCCAACUUUAGCAGUUAUUUGUGGUGCCGCAACAAAGGCAUUCAUUGCAUCUGAAGCUGCUCGUCAAAAUUAUAUCAAUUCUUUGAAAAAGGGUCAAGUGCCUAGUAAAUCCCUGUUGCAAACCAUGUAUCCAGUGGAAUUCAUUCAUGAAGGUAAACGUUACAAGUUUACAGUGGCCAAAUCUGCAGACGACCGUUAUACACUUUUCAUCAAUGGAUCCAAAUGUGAAGUUCGUAUACGUAAACUGUCUGAUGGUGGUCUUUUGAUUGCCAUUGGCGGUAAAUCACAUACGAUUUACUGGAAGGAUGAAGUUAGUGCUACCAGAUUGUCUGUGGAUUCUAUGACUACUUUAUUAGAAGCAGAAGAUGAUCCAACUCAGCUACGUACUCCAUCCCCUGGUAAAUUGGUUAAAUUUUUGGUGGAUAACGGUGACCACAUCGAUGGUGGCCAAACCUACGCUGAAGUGGAAGUCAUGAAGAUGCAAAUGCCGCUAGUGGCACAAGAGAGCGGUGUGGUACAAUUAUUAAAGCAACCAGGUUCCACCAUCGCUGCUGGUGACAUUAUUGCCAUUUUAAGUUUAGAUGAUCCAUCCAAGGUUAAACACGCAUUACCUUUUGAAGGUAUGUUACCAGACUUCGGUGCUCCUAUAAUUGAAGGUACUAAGCCAGCUUAUAAGUUCAGAUCAUUAGAGACUACUUUACAAAACAUUUUGAAUGGGUAUGAUAACCAAGUAAUUAUGAAUCCAUCUUUGCAAGAGUUAAUCAAAGUUCUAAGAGAUCCUCAAUUACCUUACUCUGAAUGGUCCAUGCAAAUCUCCGCAUUGCAUUCUAGAUUACCACCAAAGUUGAAUGAACAAUUGAGUCAAUUGGUGGACCGUUCCUCCAAGAGAAAUGCCCUUUUCCCUGCUAGACAAUUGAAUAAACUAUUGGAAAGUGCAACAAAACAACCUGAUUCUGAUCCUUCGUUGACACCUGUGGUGGAACCAUUAUUGGAUGUCACUCGCCGUUAUGCCAACGGUUUAGAAGCCCAUGAACACUCUGUUUUUGUGAAAUUCUUGGAAGAGUAUUACAACGUGGAAAAACUGUUUAGUUCUACCACCGAGGACAACGUUAUCUUGAAAUUGAGAGAUGAAUAUUCCGACAAUUUGGAAAAAGUGGUGGUCAUCGUUCUAUCUCACGCUAAGGUCGCCGCUAAGAACAACUUGAUUUUAGCCAUUUUGAGACACUACCAACCUUUGUGUAAGAUGUCUUCCCAGGUGGCUUCCAUUAUCUCAGGUCCUUUAAAACACAUUGUGGAAUUGGAAUCAAAGGCUACUGCUAGGGUUGCCUUGCAAGCUAGAGAAAUUCUAAUCCAAGGUGCUCUACCAUCUGUUAAGGAAAGAUCUGAACAAGUGGAACACAUUUUGAAAUCAUCUGUGGUUAGACCUACUUAUGGCGCAACCAAUCCAAAACGUUCAGAACCUGAUAUGGAAGUCUUAAAGGACUUGAUUGAUUCCAACUAUGUGGUUUUUGAUGUUUUGACUCCAUUCUUGAGCUACCCAGAUCCUGCUGUGGCAGCUGCUGCAGCUCAAGUUUACGUUCGUCAUGCUUACAGAGCUUAUACCAUUGGUGAGGUCAAAGUUUGUGAAGGUACUACUACACCAAUCUGCAAAUGGAAAUUCCAAAUGCCAUCUGCAGCUUUCACCUCUAUUCCACAAAUUAAAACUAAAUUCGGUAUGAACAGGGCUAUCUCUGUCUCUGAUUUGACCUACGUGGCUGAUCCUGAAAAUUCUCCACUAAGAACUGGUAUCUUGGUGUCUGCCGAACACUUGGACGAUGUGGAUGAUUCUCUUGCCCAAAGUUUGGAAACAAUCCCUAACACAUCUUCUUCUGCAGCAGCUGCUGGUCCUGUUCCUGACAGAUCUGUUAGCUCUUCAUCUUUGAGUAAUGUGACUAACGUUUACGUUCAAUCCACUGAUGGCUUUGAAUCUGAAGCCGAUGUCUUGAGCAGAUUGAGAGAAAUUUUAGAUUCCAACAAGCAAGAAUUGAUCUCCUCUGCUAUCCGUCGUAUUACAUUUAUCUUUGGUUACAGUGAUGGUUCUUAUCCAAAGUAUUACACUUUCAAGGGACCUGCUUAUGAGGAAGAUAAGACCAUUCGUCACAUUGAACCUGCCUUGGCUUACCAAUUGGAAUUGGGAAGAAUGUCCAACUUCAACAUCAAGCCAAUCUUUACUGAAAACAGAAAUAUUCACGUUUAUGAAGCUGUUGGUAAGAGUACUCCUUUGGAUAAGAGAUUCUUCACUAGAGGUAUCAUUAGAACCGGUCGUAUCCGUGAUGACAUUUCUAUCCAAGAAUAUUUGACCUCUGAAGCCAAUAGAUUGAUGAGUGACAUCUUGGACAACUUGGAAAUUAUUGAUACUUCUAACUCUGACUUGAACCACAUCUUUAUCAACUUCUCUGCCGUAUUUGACGUUUCUCCUGAAGAUGUGGAAGCUGCCUUUGGAGGAUUCUUGCAAAGAUUUGGUAAGAGAUUAUUGAGAUUGCGUGUUGCCUCUGCUGAGAUCCGUAUCAUUAUUAAGGAUCCCGAAACUGGCGCACCAGUUCCUCUACGUGCAUUAAUCAACAAUGUCUCUGGUUAUGUUGUUAAGACUGAGUUAUACACCGAAGUUAAGAAUGCGAACGGUGAUUGGGUCUUUAAAUCCUUGGGUAAACCAGGAUCCAUGCAUUUAAGACCUAUUGCCACACCAUACCCUGUAAAGGAAUGGUUGCAACCAAAACGUUACAAGGCACACUUGAUGGGCACAACUUAUGUGUAUGAUUUCCCUGAACUAUUCCAUCAAGCCCUUGUCUCACAAUGGCAAAAAUUCUCUCCAAAGACUAAGUUGAACGAUAAUUUCUUCAUUGCCAAUGAAUUGAUUGAAGAUGAAAAUGGUGAACUGACUGAAGUUGACCGUGAACCAGGUGCUAACACUAUCGGUAUGGUUGCUUUCAAAAUUACCGCCAAGACACCAGAGUACCCUCGUGGUCGUCAAUUUGUGAUUGUCUCCAACGAUAUCACUUUCAAGGUUGGUUCUUUCGGACCUCAAGAAGAUGAAUUCUUCAAUAAGGUUACUGAAUACGCCAGAAAGCGCGGUAUUCCUAGAAUCUACUUGUCUGCCAACUCUGGUGCUAGAAUCGGUAUUGCUGAAGAAUUGGUCCCAUUAUUCCAAGUUGCAUGGAAGGAUCCUAAGGAUUCUACAAAGGGAUUUGAUUACUUGUACUUGACAUCUGAAGGUUUAAGAGAACUAAAGAAAUACGGUAAGGACCAUAGCGUUGUUACUGAACGUGUUGUCGAAAACGGUGAAGAAAGACAUUUAAUCAAGGCUAUCAUUGGUGUCGAUGAAGGUUUAGGUGUGGAAUGUUUGAGAGGUUCUGGUUUAAUUGCUGGUGCCACUUCAAAGGCCUACCAAGAUAUCUUCACCAUUACUUUGGUUACUUGUAGAUCCGUCGGUAUUGGUGCUUACUUGGUUAGAUUGGGUCAAAGAGCUAUUCAAGUGGAAGGUCAACCUAUCAUCUUGACUGGUGCACCAGCCAUCAAUAAGGUGUUAGGUAGAGAAGUCUACACUUCUAACUUGCAACUCGGUGGUACUCAAAUUAUGUACAACAAUGGUGUUUCUCAUUUGACCGCUUCUGAUGAUUUGGCUGCUAUUGAAAAGAUUCUAGCAUGGUUGUCCUACAUUCCAGCUAAGCGUAACAUGCCAGUACCAAUCUUGGAGACUGAAGAUAAAUGGGAUAGAGAGGUGGAAUACUUCCCACCUAAGGAGGAAACUUACGACGUGAGAUGGUUAAUUGCCGGUCGUGAUUCUCCUGAAGGAUUCGAAAGAGGUUUGUUCGACAAGGACUCCUUUAUGGAAACACUUUCUGGCUGGGCUAAAGGUGUUGUUGUUGGUAGAGCUCGUCUAGGUGGUAUUCCAAUGGGUGUCAUUGGUGUCGAAAUUAGAACCAUGCAAAACUUGACCCCUGCAGAUCCUGCUAACCCAGAUUCUACUGAAUCUGUGUCUCAAGAAGCUGGACAAGUGUGGUACCCUAAUUCUGCUUUCAAGACUGCUCAAGCUAUCCGUGAUUUCAACCAUGGUGAACAAUUGCCUUUAAUGAUCUUAGCUAACUGGAGAGGUUUCUCUGGUGGUCAAAGAGACAUGUACAACGAGGUCUUGAAAUAUGGUUCCUUUAUCGUCGAUGCUCUUGUCGAUUACAAGCAACCUAUUAUGAUUUACAUUCCUCCAACAGGUGAAUUGAGAGGUGGUUCCUGGGUUGUUGUUGAUCCAUCGAUCAACAAGGAACACAUGGAAAUGUAUGCCGAUAAAGAAUCUAGAGCAGGUGUUUUGGAACCAGCUGGUAUGGUUGGUGUCAAAUACCGUAGAGAGAAGUUGUUGGCCACUAUGUCUAGAUUGGAUGACACCUACAGAUCAUUGAAGGAGAAAUUAUCUGAUGCAUCUUUGAGCCCAGAAGAACAUCAAGAAAUUUCCAAGAAAUUGUCCAUCCGUGAGAAACAGUUGUUACCAAUCUACAGUUCCAUCAGUGUCCAAUUUGCCGACUUACACGACAGAUCUGACCGUAUGUUGGCUAAGGGUGUGAUUAGAAAAGAAUUACAAUGGGUUAAUUCUCGUCGUUUCUUCUUCUGGAGAUUGAGACGUAGAUUGAACGAGGAAUAUUUGAUGAGAAGAUUGGAUGUUGAAUUACCACUUGCUUCCAGGUUGGAAAAGAUCGCCAGAUUGAGAUCUUGGUACCCAGCAUCUGUUGACCAUGAAAAUGAUAGACAAGUGGCCUCUUGGAUUGAAGAAAACUUCCAAUUGUUAGAUGAACAUUUGAAGGCUUUGAAACUAGAAUCCUUUGCUCAAAGCCUGGCUAAAUCUUUGAGAAGUGACCACGAUAAUGUUAUAACUGGUCUCUCCGAAGUGUUGAAGAUGAUGUCCGCUGAGGAUAAGGAGAAGAUCAUCAAAAGCUUGAAAUAA